AUGACUCAGGAGAGCACUCCAGAUGUAUCUCAUUCUAUCGCUCAGGUGGACAUGAUCAAUGCUACCAGUAAGUUGCAGAUUGAGGCGGCUGAGGUGAGAAGUGCGGCCAAUAAACCAAACUGGAGCAGUUAUUUGAGGAGUCAACUUAUCCCUCAAGAAGAAUAUAACUUUAUUACUGCUUACGAGAACUGUAAGAGCAAACAUGAAAGGGAUGAGUUGCUUGCCAAUGACUCUCAAACCGCAGCGAAGUGUUUCGUUACCCUGAUUACUGAUGUAGCGAAAGAUCAACUCAUAAGAUAUGUCUUAACAAUGCUCGAUGAUCUGCUCCAAGAAGAUCGCUCUCGUGCAGACAUCUUCCAUUCUUAUGCCAAGAAACAAAGAAGAACUAUCUGGUCUUGGUUCCAAGGACUUCUCACUCGGCAAGACAGUUUUAUUGCUAAUCAGGUAGUAUUUUUUAUUUUUGUUUCGACAUGUAUAAAAUAACGAAGGCGAUGGAAAUUACAGACGGCUUCUGUCUUUGCGAAAUUUGCUUGUUUUGGAGAAGAACGAAUGGAAGGAAAGGAAUUGUCAUACUACUUUAGUAUAUUGAAAGAGGGUGUCAGAAAUCAGGUAUGCUAUUAUGAUGAGAUUGCCAUACACAAAAAUGGAAUAUACAGUUUAAUUUUUAGAGCAAUGAAUACAUUAACACCAGUGUCCGAUGUCUCCAAAUGCUGUUGCGUAUUGACGAAUACAGAAAGGAGUUCGUAAAGACCGACGGAGUUUCGUACAUAAUGUCUGCGUUGAGCGGAAAGACCAACUUUCAGCUGCAAUAUCAGCUCGUAUUCUGUGUAUGGUGUCUGACCUUCAACCCAGAAAUCGCUUAUCAUGUUCAGAGCAGCGGAAUCAUCCAAGUUUUGGGUGAUAUCCUGUCUGAAUGUUCCAAAGAAAAAGUUAUUCGGAUUAUUCUGGCCACAUUCAGAAAUCUUCUUGAGAAGAUCGACGAUCGUGAAUUGGUCAGAGAAUCCGCCCUUCAGAUGGUACAAUGCAAGACAUUGAAGACUUUGGAGUUGAUGGAUGCCAAGAAGUUUGAUGAUCCUGAUCUUCAGGAAGAUAUCGAAUUCUUGAUGGAACGUCUUCAUACAAGUGUCCAAGACUUGAGUUCCUUUGAUGAAUACUGCACAGAACUUAAAUCUGGUCGUCUUCAAUGGAGUCCAGUUCACAAAUCAGAAAAGUUCUGGAGAGAAAAUGCACAGAGGUUCAACGAAAAGAAUUUUGAAUUGAUAAAGUGAGCUCUCAAGUUGGUUAACAUUCUAUAAAUUUGUUUUAGAAAUCUUAUCGGAAUCUUGGAGAGAAGCAACGAUGCGUUGGUCCUCUGUGUUGCCGCCCAUGAUGUCGGAGAAUACGUUAGACAUUACCCUCGGGGCAAAAAGUAAGUUACACGGUUAUAAUUAUAUCGUUUGAUGUUUAGUGUAAUUGAACAAAACCAUGGCAAGCAGGCGGUAAUGAAGUUGUUAAGUGCAGAAGAUCCUAACGUUCGGUAUCAUGCUCUUCUCGCUGUUCAGAAACUCAUGGUACACAACUGGGAAUACCUGGGAAAGCAAUUAGAUGUGGAGAAGGAAAAAACUCCAGUCUCUGCCAACUAA